GUAAAUUUAGUCUUUCGGCAGCCCCCACCAUUUUCACGUCAUGUGAACCCUUUCGGCGGCCAAUCGGAACCCUACUUGGGUGUCAGAACUCGCUGCAGCACCCGAAAGAUCCUCAGUGAUUCCAAGCUCAGCUACCACUAACCAAUCCUCUCCUUCUUCAGUUUUAAGUGGUAACUACCCCCAAGGGCAUCACGAAACAUGGCGGAUGAUGAAGCGAAGAAAGCAAAACAGGCAGAAAUCGAGCGCAAGCGUGCUGAGGUGCGCAAGCGUAUGGAAGAAGCCUCCAAGGCCAAAAAGGCCAAGAAAGGUUUCAUGACCCCUGACAGGAAGAAGAAACUCCGUCUACUUUUGAGGAAAAAGGCUGCUGAAGAACUGAAGAAGGAGCAGGAGCGCAAAGCAGCCGAAAGGAGGAGGAUCAUUGAAGAGAGAUGCGGCAAAUGCUGUGAUGUUGAAAACGCCAGUGAAGAUAAACUCAAGAAAAUCUGCAAAGAUUACCACACUCGUCUCUACAAAUUGGAAGAUGAAAAAUUUGACGUCGAAUACAUUGUUAAAAAGAAAGAUUUUGAGAUUGCCGAUUUGAACAGCCAAGUCAAUGACCUCCGAGGUAAAUUCGUCAAACCUACAUUGAAGAAGGUCUCCAAAUACGAGAACAAAUUCGCUAAACUUCAAAAGAAGGCAGCAGAGUUCAACUUCAGGAACCAACUUAAGGUUGUUAAAAAGAAGGAAUUCACUCUGGAAGAAGAAGACAAGGAGAAAAAGGGAAUUGUCGACUGGUCCAAGAAAGACGAGAAAAAGGUGCAAGAAGCAUAAAAUGAUAUGCAAAAUGGAAAUAUUUAACCUUACUAUUUUAUUUAAAAUGUAAAUAAAUUAAUAUCAAGGUAAUUAAAACCAUGGAUACAAGAACACAAAAAAGAGAAAGAGAGUGAAAUGAGAUUAAUAAGUUUAAAAAAAAACUAAUGCUACUUUACCUAGAAAAUAUAUUAUGACCCAUCAGUUUCAAACCUAAAAUGGUUGUUCACCUCCCCAGUGAUUUUGCAUUUCAAACAUUUUUAAUUUACAAUAAAUGUAAUCUCUUGUAAAUUGUCAUAUUUAUUAAACCUUACUUGUAUGCCUCAAAUAUUAAAAAAUGUCAAAAAUGUUGUUGUAACACACACUGA